CGCAGAGCACGACGCGACCAGCUGCUUGGUCUGGCCAAGAUGGCCGACUACAAGUAUAGAUGCUGGUCGCUGCUGUCCUGGGCGAGCUCACCGUCCGUUUCCUUGCCCUCCUCUUCACCGGCUGGGCCGCCUACCACAUCGGCAUCAGCUACAUUGCCACCUUGACUGACGCCGGACGCGCUUACUUGACUAUCAUAGAUCUGUUACAUCGACAGGACAGGCCUCCUCCAAGGGUGUGAAUUUCAGGCGUUCACAGAGUCGCGCCAGACGUCAAUAUGCCAGCCGGUCCAGGAGACCAGCAUUUGACCACGCUUUUUGCAGAUGUGCAUUACUACUUGAGCGACCCGUCCUCGAAGCCUUCACACGAUCGUUUCACGAAGAGCAGCUACGUCUACCUUUACUACAAUACGAACACCCACCAGACCAAGCUCGAGAUCGCCAAUCAUGCGGGCACCCCAGACCAAGACGCUUUCCACGGCUACUUGCAGGCGGCAACUGUCAAAUACAAUCACUUGCAGCCAGCCUUGAUCUCGUUCUCGAUCGACACGCAAUCUAUUCAGGAUCAUCAGACGUGGCAUCUGCCAGCUUAUGAUCUGAAGAAUGAGCAGAAAUAUUUAUACAAAAUCCAUGCAUUGGACUUGUAUCUGUGGACCGAGAAAGACGCUACGACAUUCGUCGGUCAUCUGAAAGGCGUGUUGAGCCCUGAUCGGUUGGAGGUCAAGAAUGCUCCGGUGACGCAAAGUCCGCCUGCCGAACAUCGAGAUUCCAUGAGUCCUGUCGUGCAGCAACUAGAGAGAACCGCCAUUGGCAGCAAUUUUCCUCCCAGAACCACGAGUGCUGUGUCAGCGCAAUCGCUGCCUGGCCCACCAACGCCACUAUCAAGCGCAGCCUCUCCGCAAGCAGCGCCAGCUGCCUACAACCCCGCGGCACCAGCAGCGCCAGAGCCCGUCACUUAUCGUGAGAAGACCCCACCACCGCCCGAUGGAAGCACGGGUACUGGUCUUCAGGCGGCGGCAAAGUACGAUAACGUGCCUCCGCAGCUACAGCAUGCAUCGACACCUGGUCACUACCAAUCUUCGGCGCAGACUACCCCCCAAGCCGCAUACUUCAGUGGCCCUCCGCAACAACCGCAAACGAGUUUCCCUGGUCCUCCGUCAGGAGCUCCGACGCCAGAAGCACGGACACAUUCCGGCAGCAUGCCUCCUCCACCUACUCAAUCCCCUCCAGCAGCAACAAGGGCGCCCUCUUUCGGACCCAUGGCCGCAAGCACAAUAGGUCCAGCUUCUCCACCGCCUAACCAGACCUCAUUCCGCCAAUCUUCAUUCGGCGCUCCUCAGCAAGCCACGUAUAACCCACAAACGCAGUACGCAAACUAUCCAGCUUCGCCUGGUUUCGGACAACAGCCUCCCACGCCAUCUGCGCCACCUGCGUAUGCUGGCCACACUCCUCUACAAUCCCCUGGUGUUUCUUCCCAUCAACAGGUGCCAGUCGGCGGAUACAGCAACUAUUCUUAUGCAUCAUCGCAGCAGCCUGCAAGUGGGCAAGUCAAUCAGCAUGGUGCCUAUGUCGGCGAUCUGCACUCGCAAGCAUAUCGGCCCACGGAAGUAGAGCAGGCCACGUCUUUUGCGGAAGGCAAUAAGAUCAGGAGGUCGCAAACCAGCCAGGACGGAAGUACGCCUGCGAAGAACAGUAAGCUGCAGGACGGAGUCGGUAAGAUGGAGGGCAAGGUCGGCAAGUUUUUCAGCAAGCUCGACAAGCUAUACUAAUCACAUAAUGAUCGAAUGAUACCCUCUGUCUCACUUGGGC